AUGAACAGCAACAUGGAAGUUUCAUUGGACCCCGUGGGUCCUCCAAUCCUUCCUCACGCUUGUUCAGCCAGCACCUUAACCACUGCAACAGCCCUAGGCCCCUGUAGUAAGAAGCAAAACACUGGAGCUGGAACCAGAAGAAGGUACAGCUUCCAAGGCCCACCCCAGGAACUCAUUUUUGUUAGGCCAUCGUCCCAAAAGUGUCUAAAACCUUCUGAACGCAGCACCACCAGAGGUAGCCCAAGGUCUGGUAGAAACAAACAGAAGAAAAGAAAUAAUACUGACCAUGAGAGUCAGAGAAGGCUUCAGGAGGAAGUGAUACCUAAGCUUAGAGGUUUCUAUAAUUACUUAACCUAUUUGCUGGCUCUUGGUGCUAUCAGUCUGGGAACUGGAUUCUUUCUUUUGGCAUCUGCUUUGUGGUUCCUGAUUUACAAACGAAGAGAAAUAUUUCCAGGUCCCAAAGUUGAUGAAAACCUGAAGCAAGGACUGUUCCAACAGAGGGUUAAAUCUCAUUCUCAGUUUGUUUCCAUUGGUCGAAACUUUCACACUUGGCGAUUCCCACCACAGUUCCUUUUAAACACAAGUAAAUAUAAGGCAAAUGGCUUGGACAUCCCCUCCUCUGUGGGACACUGUCAUUCCUUGAUUGAUGAGCCAAUUGUACAGGAUGAAAUGCCAGAAACAGCCAAUGGUCAGUCUAAAGAUGAAUUCUCCUCUCUGGAUCCUGUCAGCCUUGAGUCUCCUGAGAUGGCCUCAGUCGCAAAUAGCAGCAGUAUGGCACCGAACUCAGCAACAUCAGUCUCUAAUUCUUCCUGCAGCCAAAACUUAGAAGCAUCUGAUGAUGACUGCUUUCCUGGUGACUGUCGAGAAGACAAGAAUCCCCCACAGCCUUUACUUGGGGACCCUUUAGCAGAAAAGCUGCUCUCACACUUGGCAGUCAUUUCAUUAGAAGAAUGGUCUAGAGACACAAUGGUUGUGCUGUGUUGUAGUGACCAAAAGGAGGACGACAUUAAGGAAGUGUUUUCACAGAGAAACAUGGAGGUUGCCAAACAUAACCUUCAAUAUGAUACUGAAUGACUAUUUUUCUUUUGAAACCUUGUAUAGAAUGAAAUCAGGUAAACUUAAAACUGAAUUAUGAACUUCUGAGUCUCUUACCAUGUCCGUACUAAUAUUUCUUUUCUUGAUUUUUU